GAGACUGCGGAGAAGGUAAUGGAUAGAGAAGAAAUCCUUAUCAUUUUAAUCCUAUUACCCUUAUGAAGAGCUGAUGAGAUGGAAACCAUGAUGACAGACCAGAGGGAUGAACCACACACAGACUUUAUCUACUGUCAUGGAGCCAUCACAGAGGUCCUUAAAUUUGGCUCCUGUCACUUACAUUCUGGACACAGAGUCCUCUUUCUGAUCAUUCCAGGGAACCCAGGUGUAGUGGGCUUCUACAUGACCUUCAUGCAAACACUUCAUAACAUGUUUGGAUACCGCCACCCAGUGUGGGCUGUGAGUCAUGCUGGCCACUGUGCACCUCCAGACUCUAUGGAUAUGGUAGAAGAUAUGACCUUGGCAGCAGAGGUGGAUGUGUUUGGUCUGAGUGGGCAGGUUGAACACAAGCUGGGCUUCCUCAGGGAAAAUCUUCCCAGAGAAACCAGCCUGGUCCUGGUUGGACACUCCAUUGGCUGCUACAUUAUUCUAGAGAUGAUGAAGAGAGAUCCUGAACUCAAGGUUCUGAAGGCCGUCAUGCUGUUUCCCACCAUUGAACGCAUGGCUCAGACCCCUCAGGGGAAGGUCAUGACCCCUGUGCUGUGUCACAUGCGUUACGUGGCCUACCUGCCUCUCUUUCUGCUCUCUCUGCUGCCAGACAGACUCAAAAGCAGCCUGAUCAAACUGGUGCUUGGUGGCAUUCGUUAUCUGGACCUCACUGUAGUCCAGCCUGCUGUAGGUCUACUCAGUGGAGACAGUGCAGCAAAUGGUAUGUACAUGGGCAGUCAAGAAAUGAGGAAAGUUCUGGAAAGAGACAAUGUAACCAUCAGGAAAAAUCUUGAAAAGCUUAUAUUUUAUUAUGGUGCUUCAGACCACUGGUGCCCUGUCCAGUAUUACCAUGACAUCAAGCAGGACUUCCCAAAUGGAGAUAUCAGAAUGUGUAAAAACGGGUUUCGCCACGCUUUUGUUCUGGAUGCAGGAAGAGAAGUUGCCAAAAUGGUGGUAGAAUGGAUCCAUGGAGAUUUGAGGACAUGAGUUUUUGUUUUUUGCC